GCCGGGCUCACAGCGCGCUCGCCGCACCCACCAUGGCUUCCCGCAGCGCGGGCACGCUCCUGACCGAGUUCAAUGCCGCCUACGUACCCCCCGGCCUCAUGCCCGGGUACCAAGGCCAUGUUCCCAGUGUGGCCUUCGCCUUCGGCUCCCCCUAUGGCACCGCCACCCUCAAGUACUUCCAGGACCAACGCAACGCAGCCCUGGAGAAGAUCCACACUCCCUUCAGCACAGGCGGCCACUUCCCAACCUUCUUCUCCUCCAACCCCGACCUGGUGCUGAGCAAGCGCUCCCACACCCGGGACCGCUGGCUGCACACCCCUGUCUACACCCGCUUCAACCUGGACAGUGACCGUUCCACCCAGCUCGCGGGGUUCUACCAGGUGGCACAACAGCAUCGGAAGUUCUAUCUAGACAAGACGGGCAUGGUGCCCCGGGUCCCCUACUUCAUGCUGCCUGUGAAGGAGUGGGAACGGUACCCUCUCCCCACCGACCUUCCUCCUCUGACCCCGGAGAAGAAGUGGCACCUUCUAAGAGCAUCCCCUGAAAACAUGAAGACCUACCAGACGUUCCCCUCGGGGAAGAGGGUCUCCCCACAGGAACGGCAGAAGAGAGAUCUCUACUUUGAGUUUAGAGCAUGAUGCCCGGGAGCCUGGCUCUGACGAGAUUG